AUGGGUCCUGGCAAGCACCAAUCGCGGCGGGCUGGACAUAAUCAGCGUGAGCUCUAUCGCCCGUCCUUUAGCACCCUGUUCCCCAAGAAGGUGGCCCCGGCCAUCGAGGAUGACAUCGACUCCACGCAGGACAAGGACGGCACUAUGUUCCGCCGCCGUACCCUCAGGGUCGCUGCCAUGGGAGUAGACAAGAUCUCUCCGCGGCACCCUCCGUAG